AUGUCUGAAAUUGUUGAAAGAAACAACGAAUCCAACAUACAGGAGAAAGUUGAUGAACUUACACGACAUAUUUCUAUUGAUAAACUUACGCUAAACGAGUCCAAGUGUAAAAAGUUACGUAUUAGCUUCAGUAAAUCUCCUCCCGAUUUCGAUCCUAUUACCAUCAACAAUAAGCAACUGGAGGUCGUUGAAAGUGUAAAACUCCUUGGCAUGCAGAUAUCUAACGAUCUUAAGUGGAAUAGCCAUAUAUCUGUUAUUAUGAAGAAAGCGAAUAAGCGUUUGUAUUUUCUGAGCCAACUAAAACGUCCGAACGUGGGCAGUAAGGAACUUAUUACCUUUUACUGUACUUGUAUAAGACCUGUUACAGAGUAUGGCUGCCCAGUAUUUCACGAUAGCCUGCCAAAUUACCUUGUUAAAGACAUCGAAAGAAUACAGAAACGCGCGAUGCGGAUAAUAUUUCCAGCCUUAUCAUAUGACGAAUCUCUCUCCGUUGCUGAGUUAGUCCCUCUAGAAGCACGAAGACAGCAACUAACGGACAAACUAUUCCAGCAAAUUAUUAGCGACCCAAGUCACAAAUUGAACAAACUUUUACCACCUGUAAACGAAUGCCAAAUUAAGCUUAGGAAGAAACGACUUUUUAAAAAUCAGCUUUUUAAAACAGACCGAUUUAGGAAUAGUUUUAUAACUCACAAUGCACUGAAAAUGCGCACCUAGUUAUAGUAGUAGACAAUUAUAGUCAACUUAUACACACAUUGCCAUUUGGCUCCAAACUUUUAAAAUUUUUAAUAGUUAUUCUAAUAAUUUUAAACUAUAUGUAAUUCUUAGCGUAAUUCAGCUUUUGGCUGCAAUGCUUUGCAAAUAAACUAUCUAUCUAUCUAUCUAUCUAUAUAUAUUAUGCAUCUGGUUGUUUUUAUAAACUUGUUAGUUGUCACUGGAAGUUUAUAUCGUGGAAAACAUAGGUCAUCAACACUCUUGGUUCUGUAAAGUACUCGCUGUAAACUCUCAAAUAAGGCCCCCAGGGGGGGUGGGGGGGUGUUUUAGGCACCUUUGGGAGGGAGCUUAUUGGAGAGAGGGGCUUAUUGGAGAGGGGACUUACUGGAGAGGGGGGCUUAUUUAAGGGGGGAUUAAUAGAGUUAAAGGUGUGAUCAAAUGCUGAUUCCAAAUUCCUACUUGGUGCAAGGUUUUGGCACCAAACUCUGUAUAUUUCCAACUGUAUGCUGAAUACCACCUGACCCUAAUAAAUGUUUUCAAUUACAAAUGCAAUUAAUAAUCAAGUUGAAAAGAUAAGGCACACUUUUUAUGUAUAAAUAAUGAUUUGGUUGACUUGUAGAUAGUGCAAGAAUUAUUGGCCGAAAAUCAAACAAAAGAAGAUGAGAAAGAAUCAGUUGAUGAAAGUUGUGACCAAGUGGUCGAGGUUUGUCAACCUAUGGAUACAAGCACCACAUGUAAUGCCACUGGAGAUGAUGAUCCUAUGCCUCUCUGCCGUGAUGUUAGUACACAGUGUUGUAUCAAUGCGAGAACGCUAGUGAAUGCUGAAACCCAAACAAAUGAAUCUUUUACUAGUACUUAUUGUCUUUCUUCUGAUUCCCAACCACCACCUGAAAAUAUCAACACUCAUUUAGUAGACCACAAUUAUUAUGCAGACCACCAACAUUUUUUUGAUAACCCAGAAGUAGAACAAGCUGCAGAACAUGCUAUGGAAGAGCAAAAGGACAUUCUCACAGAAAUAGAUUUCAACCUUUAUGACCUUGAAACAAAGUCUAAUACUACAAGUGAUAAUGAACAAGAUGAAGACUAUCUACCACAAAGUGAUUCACAAUCAGAUGACUUCCAAAAUGAAACUGAUUACAAUCCAGCCAUAUUGUCAAAGACCAAGAAUUUUAUUGUUAAUGAGAAAGAACUGGAUAAACUUUUUAGCUUAUGCUCAACAUGUGGACAAGCUGUAGUUGAAAUGAAGAAAAUUACUAAAGGUAGCAUGUUAUGCAUAAAAGCAACAUGCCUUAAUGGGCACACUAAAGAAUGGAAUUCACAACCAUAUGUGGAUGAAAUGCCAUUAGGUAACAUACUUAUUCCAGCAGCUGUUUUGCUAACUGGAAAUACAUUUGCUCCUAUAAGUCAUUUUGCUGCUUGCCUCAAUUUGCAAUUUGUCAGCAAAGCCACCUUCUACAAAAUUCAGGAUAAAUAUGUUAUCCCAGUGGUUCACAAUAGCUGGCACAACCAUCAAAAACAAGUACUGAAAGACAUCAAGAACCAGAAAACUCCAGUAAAUGUUGCAGGAGAUGGUCGGUCUGAUAGUCCAGGUCAUUCGGCAAAGUAUGGGACAUACUCACUUAUGGAUGAAUCAUCCGGGAAGGUAGUUGACUUCAGUCUUGUACAAGUGACAGAAGUUUCUUCUUCAAACGCCAUGGAAUAUGAGGGUUGCAAACGGUCCUUAAAAAAGCUUAUUAAAAACAAGAUACCUGUACGAUGUCUAACAACUGACCGUCAUGUUACCAUUACAGCUAGAAUGAAGUCUGAUUUUCCAAAAAUCAAACACCAGUAUGAUGUUUGGCACUUGUCAAAGUCUGUUACAAAGAAACUGACAAAGAAAGCCAAGAAGAAAUGCAAUGAAGACAUACUACCAUGGAUUCAGUCAGUUUCAAACCAUUUAUGGUGGAGUGUGUCUACAUGUGAUGAAGAUGUUUCAGUAAUGAAAGAGAAAUGGCUUUCAAUCAUUCACCAUGUUUCCAACAAACACAGUUGGAAAGGGUGCAAGCACUUUAAGAAAUGUGUGCAUCAUAGACUUAGCAGACGAGAGAAGAAACAAGUUCCAUGGCUGAAAGCAGGAUCACCUGCUCUUGUUGCCCUGGAAGAGGUGGUGAAUAACAAAAGGCUUCUGAAAGAUAUGGAGAAAUUGACAGAAUUCCGCCAUACUGGGGAACUGGAAGUUUUUCACUCCCUUAUGCUGAAGUAUUUACCAAAACGAAAGCACUUCAGCUACAGAUCUAUGUUGGCACGUACUCAACUUGCAGCAUUGGAUCACAACCAUAAUUGCAAUCGGGUUCAAGCUGUAGUUAAGUCAGGUGGAAACAAGGGUCAGCAGCAAUUCAAGGUUGAAAAACCAAAAGCAAACAAGAGUUGGGUUUGUAAGCCUAUCAAAGAACCCAAAUCUUACAAAUUUUUGUCUCCAAUGCUCGAGGAUGUGGUAAAGGCAAAACAGAAUGGCAUUAAGGUAAUUAAAGCACCACCUAAAAUGCCAAAACAUAUAGCUAAAGAGCCUAAACCAAGCAAACAAUCUGUGAUAGAAAAACACAGAUCUCGAAUGUCAAAGUGA